UAUAUACGUAUUAAAUAUUUGGACUUCAGGAUAUGCUGCAGGCUGCAAACAUCCACAAACUGAUAUAAAUGGAAGAUGCUGUGACAAGUGUCCCCCAGGAACAUAUAUGAAGCAGUUUUGCUCAGACCAACAACAAACUGUCUGCAGUCCCUGUGAGGAUGGCUUCUUCUCCGACACAUAUAACGUCUUUGACAGAUGUGAGGAAUGCCGGUCAUGCCCACAAGACUAUGCUGAGAAAUGUACACCGACCACAAAUGCAAACUGUUCAUGCUUCUCUGGUUUCCUGUGCUCCAACAAUAUGUGCACAAAAUGUGAGGAAAACAAAUGCGCCACAGGGGAGAAACCGACGAGGAAAGCGGGGCCCGACCCCUUCUCUGGUGUAGAGUUGAUCGAGUAUUCUUACCAGUGUGAACCCGCAUGCUCUGAUAAAGAAUAUUAUGAUGCAAAAAAGGAUAUCUGCAAGCCAUGGACACACUGCGGUGCAUUUGGACUUGGGGAACGGUUUCCAGGGAACAAAACUCACGACUCGAUAUGCGAUACAAAUGAGAUUCACAAUGACGGAGUCUUUCAGCGGACUCUUGGCAUUGGCUUUAUUUUGCUUUCUCUCACUCUUUUUAUGGUUGCAUCUUAUACCUGUAUAAAGAGCCUAAGGAAGCACAGAGCAGAUAACAAUCCUACUGACAUCAUAGCAGUGUCUACCAACACCCAUGACUUUCAUUUAUCAAAGGAGGAAAGUGGGCUCAUUAUCCAGGAUGAAUCAAAGGAUACCAAUAAUAUGGGCCCGCUGCAUCUGGAAAGAGUCAACGCUUUAUGCUAAAAAGAUUAAGAUGACAUGAUCAGUCUGUUUACUGUAAUGCUGAUUUAAUGAUAGAAAGCAUCUUGAUCAGUGUCAGCAUACAUUUGAGGGUUAGAGAUGCGGGCUUGUGAACGAAAAGGUCCUUGGUUCAAACUCCAGACCAGCAGGAUAGAUCUGAGCUAAAAGGUGAAAAACCAGCAUUUGUGCCUUGAUCAUUACCACUGCUGAGGUGUCUUUGAGCAAGACACUUACCUUACUUCCGCUCCAGCAGAGCUCAGUGGUGAACAGAUAAGACAGCUACAACUUUCAGGUCUGAAUGUGUGCAACUGUGAGCAUGGAGUGUAAAUACAAGUAAUGUGAAAAUUGAAAGGAUUAACUUAAACUUAAACUUAAGUUAACUUAACUUAAAAUUGCCUCAGGGAGGACUGAAGUGUGACUGUAAAGAUAUGUUUGUAAAUCUACUGAAAUUACGUGAAUAAUUGAAUUUUUGUACAUUUCCAAAGAUCUUGACUCAACUUUUUUGUCCACAUGUUGAAGUGAGCAAGACGUUGAUUGCUUCCAAUGUGUGUGUAUG